UGUAUGGUCGCAGCCCAGCUGCUCAUCCACCACAGGAAAGUUUCCUCAGAUGGCAGUGUGACAGCAGGACACGGAGCUCACAGGAUUAACUCCGAAACUCCUAGUCUGGUUUUAUUUAUAAAACAUUUUUUUAUUUUUAUUAUUUGGUACAACUUUACUGAAGGAAUGAAAUUCGCGUCUUCCGGAACCUUUUUCUUUCCUCUCACCGAGAAGGACAUGAAUAGGAAUGAAUAGGAGGGAGCUAACAGGCUAAUUAGCUUGCGUUAGCUCGCUUUUCCAUCUCAACUUUCAACCACGUUUAGACGGUUUUUAUCGUCGUUUAUCUCUUGAGGAAAAAAAAUUACAUUUCAUACAAGAAAACGAGACGCCUGGGAGAAGGUUUUUUUUUUUUUUUUUUAACACAUAAAAACCCUCAUGAAAAUGUGGAGCCGUAAAGAAAUCGCUUUUUGUCACUGGUAUGAAACUCAACGUGAGGAGGUGGUUUGAUUGAAUAAUGCUGCGGGAAAUGAGCAUUGGAAGCAUCAAUGUAUAUGACUACCAAGCAGCAAAAGUGAACCCUGUUAACUUGUCCUGAGGGUGAAAAGAUUCAUCUGAAUAGAUUCGCCAUUUUGCUGAGUACUUUAUCCUGUCCAACAAUGGCGGACAGAUGCAUGCGCUUCCUGCAGUGAUGUCUGUGCAGUGAGUACUGGCUUGCUUUGUAGUCUGCUUGCUAUGCUGGCCCUGGGAGUGGACUAUGACAAACCAGGAGGACGAGGUGGAGGAAGAAGUGCAGGUGCUGCAUGCCAGUUGCCUGUUUCAGGGAGAGCGUUGGCACGGGAGUCCGGCGUCGGUAUCAAGCAAAAGAUCUCUCAGUGGGAGGGUUUCAGCCAGCAGGAGGACUCGCACGGGGGGAGGCCCAAUGCCCAGAACACCCCUGCCUCACACCCUCCUUCUGGGGACAUGAGACCUUGCAUUCCCGUGGACAAUAAAAGUGAUGGACUGCGUGGAAAAACAAGCCCGGCUAAAGCCAAAAUCCUGGGUUUGGAUUUCAGUGAAAACCAAACCAUGCACAGACCGUUUACAGCGGGACGGAAAUCCGAACCCGAGCACAACCAACCACUUUUAUACGAGGGUAUAACUUCGACUCCCAGGACUAAGUCUUCACCAGGCCUGACCCGAGCACAACAUCCUGUAAACAAACGGGAUGCUUCAAAGCAGACAAUCCAUUACAGUGCCAUUGACCAUGUCACUGCCGAGGAUACGGGAUUGCUGCACAAAGGUGACGAAGACCCCGAUGACUCGCUGCCUCCUGGGAAUUUCUACACCUCUCGGGGCUUUUGGAGGCGACUGGAGGGCGAGGAUUCUCCUUGGAAGAAUGAGAAGGAAUCCUCACCCGUGUCUAAGCAUCUUAUCUCGGUGGGUGCUGAAAUGACCCGGCAGAAUCCCAACACACCACCACCUAAACCACAACGCACAUUCCAGUACCAAGGAGCCAACAACACAUCUACGAAUUUAACGCAACGGGAAAAGACGAAUUCUCCCCUGAGCCUAUCACAGCAGCUCAGAAAGCGUGAUGUCAUGCGCCCACCCAGUGUCCCGCCUCCACCAUUUCCUGUCGCCACUGGAAACGGCAUUUCAAGAAACAGAAAAAACAGGAAAUCAUUCGAAUUCGAGGACGUGGUCCAUUGGACGGCUCAGCAGGGGUCCAGAGAGACGGAGUCACGCCGCUCGGGGCUGUACCACACCCGAUCACAAGACAGCGUUUACGAAGACAUCAUCUCGGACGUGUUAAGGGAGAACCCAUAUGAAGACAUCAAAGUGUCUCCGAUGUGUCUUCCUAUCAUGCGGUCCCGAAACUGGACCAUUGCUCAGAGAUGGACGCCGUGCUCUCCGAAGUUGCCGCAGAAACCCCUCACAUUACAAGCCGAUGCUGACAGGCUACACGAGGCCUACAAGCAGACUGCGACGCCACAGCUCCAAACGUCAAACGUGAACACGCCUAAGCCAUCAGCAACAAAGCAGGCUACUGCCUACAGAACACCGCGGCAGCCUCAUUAUGUGAGCAGGAUCGAGGAGAUCUUCCAGGCCAAGAGAGGCAAAAAGAGAGUGAAAAGCCAGACAAGUGCCAGCAAAGAGGAAUUGAGUGGAACAGAAAGCGAUCCAGAGGAGAGCACUAAAAAAGGUGGCUCCCAGCGCUUGGUCUAUGUGCAGUCCACUUUAAAGAGGAGGCCAGGGUAUCGCACCCUGGAGAGAGAUCUCAUCCAGCUGCAGCAGCAACAACUCUUCCAGCUGUUCGUUGUGGUGUCCCUUAGAAAACGCUCCCCCGGAAAUGCGUAUUACCCAGAGAUCACACAACAGUUCCCAACUAAGUUUGAGAAGACUUCCCGGAUGUCUCGUGAGACCGAGGACCGGUUGAAAGCCAUUCCUAACUUCUGCUUCCCUGAUGCUCAGGACUGGAGACCAUCUGCAGAUAUCAACAGUGAAACCUUUUCAUUCGUUCUGACCGGAGAAGACGGGACGCGAUGGUUCGGUUAUUGUCGGAAAAUCUUGCCCUCCGGAAAGGGGAAGAGGCUGCCUGAGGUUCACUGCAUCAUCAGCAGGCUUGGUUGCUUCAACUUGUUUUCAAAGAUCCUAGAGGAGGUGGAGAGGAGAAGAGAGAUCUCUCCUGCUCUCGUCCACCCAUUCAUGCGCAGCGUCAUGGAGGCUCCGUUUCCUGCUCCAGGACGCACCAUCACUGUGAAGAGCUUUCUGCCCGGCUCUGGCAACGAGGAGCUGACUCUAUGUCGGCCGGUGGACUCACGACUGGAGCACGUGGAGUUUGAGACCCUGCUGCGGUGUCUGAGCGUGAGCAGGCUGCUGCAGGUUUUCGCCUCACUGUUGCUGGAGAGGAGAGUCAUCUUCAUCGCAGAUAAACUCGGCACCUUGUCUCAGUGUGCACACUCAGCACUUGCUCUCCUCUACCCUUUCACAUGGCAGCACACCUUUGUGCCCGUGCUACCUGCUAACAUGCUGGACAUUAGCUGCUCUCCAACUCCCUUUGUCAUGGGAGCGUUGUCUCCGUCCCUCGACCAGCUGUUGGAUUUGCCCAUUGAGGAGGUGCUCAUUGUGGACCUGUGUGCGGACAAGUUCGUUGUGCAGAUGGGAGAUGAGGACUGCAUCCUCCCCAGUAAGCUUCAGGCAGCCCUGCAGGAAGUCCUGGACUGUCGGGAGGAGAUGCUGGAGCACAGUAAAAACGACAGGAAGGGAGAGGAGUGCAGCCUGAGUGCGCUGGUGUCCGAGACGUUUGUGAGAUUCUUCGUGGAGCUGGUGGGCCAUUACCCGCAACACAUCCACGAGACGGGAUACAACGGCGUCCGCGAGCUCAACAGAGACACUUUCAGAAAGUCACAUCCGUCCCGAGGCGUCCGUCAGUUCCUCCAGCUGUUUAUGGACACGCAGAUGUUCGCCGGCUUCAUCCAGGACCGAGAGCUCCGCAAGGGCGGAGUCAAGGGCCUGUUUGAAGUAAGAACAGCAGAAUAUCUCUCCUCCUUUCCUGAGCCUGAACCCAGCGGUGUCAACAAAUUUCUCAAGGGUCUCGGGAACAAAAUGAAGUUCUUACAGAAAAAGUGACGGAUUGCCUAAGCAGAGGAGGAAAAAAGCCUAAUGUGGCGUGCAGGGUGAGUUUGAGCGCUGAGAGGAGAGCUGUGAGUCACCGCACCGAUCGUUUGCCUCAGAGAAAAACCCGACUGGCUGGGUGGAGACGAGAUCGAGCCUGGACCGGGGUGGUUUCGCCCUGACAGGAACGCCUGUGCGAUGCUUAAAAGAUGGUAAAAAAAAAAGGAAAUGGAGUAUUAUGAUUAUUCAAAAGAAGAGAAAGACUGUAGGCCUGGGAGAAAAGUGUUGUGGUUAAAGCUGUUUGUUUUAAGAGUAAAGGAUCAGUCGGAAAAGUAUUUUUAUUUUUUUACACUUUCCAGAUUGGAAAGUAGUAUUUCAAAUUAAAUGCACCUGAAAUCAAGAAAUGGUUUUCCAUUUUUUUUCAGAGCUGAUGUAUUUAUACGUGUAAUAAUAAUAUUAAUACCUCUGAGGCACACUGAUUUGCUUCUUUCUGUCUGUAAUUUUACCUUUUUUUCCAUUCUUUUUUUUUAAGCGUUUGUGAAUAAAGUGUACAAAAAAUGUUUUAGAUGCUUUACAUGUUAUAGAGGUUUACAUGCAUAAUAACCAGAAAGUGUUUUGCCCUGUGUUCAAAUAAAUGACCUUUGCUGAAAACUGAAA